AUGCCCCAUAUCGCUGGAUCGUCACCGGCCCCCAUUGUGGACACCCUUUGGGAUGUGCGCGGAUACGUUGCCUUCCUUGAACGCCCUGAGCUCUCAAGCAUUGCCGACUACAACGCCGAUCCUGAACUCAACCCAGACAACGUACAGAAGUACAUCAAAGUACGUGGGUACUACGAGACCUUCUGGAGUGGCCUCGCGCGCUCCGUCCUCCCAGACGGCCCGAGCGACACCGGCGACCCCGACAUCUAUCGCAACACGGAAUACUGGAAGCCUCAGCCCACUCUACCAUCAAGCGCCAAAGAGGCCCAGAAGGAAGAAUUGUUCGGCAGCAGCUCAGAGUGGCCAGUCACGCUGCUCGUGCGCCGCGAUCACGGAUCGCAGCCUCGCUCAGUGAGGGUUCCAGAGAAGCUGGUCACUUUGUUGAUAAUAGCUGCUAGUGUGGGAUCUGCUGUUCAGCGUGGAUAG